AUGAAAAAGAGACAAGUAAGCCAGUUUAACUCAGUUCACGAUCCCAUAGGAUUAGCAGCUGUUCUAUCAGUCAAGCUCAAAUCCCUUAUGCGAAAGAUUACCCUCAAUAUUGACUGGAAAGUUGUACCAGAUGUGCUGUGCAAGUUAUGCUGCAUGCAGAGGUCAAUAGAGCAGCGAUUAGCUUACUUCGAUGCCGGUAUCACUCACUAUCUAGUAAUACGUCUCUUUGGAUUGUUCCAGACGCUAGUAAAAUGGCCGUCGCAAGCGUUUAUUUUAGGUACGAAUGGAUCAAUAAGGUCAAUGGAUUGGUUAGCAGUAAAACGCGACUAA